AUGAAAAUGAAUAAUAGUAAUAUGAGUGAUAUGCUUGAAGAUGAAUUAUCAGACAAUUUCGUAUUACCUAAGGGUGAUAAAAUAAAAGGAGAAAAACUAUUUAAGAAGCAUUGUAAACAGUGUCAUUCAAUAGCUCCUGACAAUAGUCAAACAAACUCAGGAUUCACAAGUUGGGGACCCUCUUUAUUUAAUGUAUAUAACAGAACAGCUGGAAUGACUAUGGGAAAUUCACCAUUUCAAGUUUCUCCUGAUAUGUACUCGUCAGGUAUUAUAUGGAAUGAUGUCAAUUUACUCAAAUAUAUGAAAAAUCCAAAGCAAUUUGUUGAAUCAAAUAUUGGUAUGAACUUCAAGGGGAUUUCAAAUUUUCAAGACAGAGUUGAUAUUGUACAUUAUUUAAAAACGUUAACGUAUGAUGAUCCUCAUGGAAGAGAAAUUGCAGAAAAAUACUCAAAAAAAAAAUAA